AUGGACCCCGUGGGGGCAGACCCCUCGGCGCCCCCGGGCCCUUUGACUCACCUGAGCCUGCCGGACAGCUCAGAGGCGCGGCCGCAGAGCGGAGCCGACGGGCGGAGCCUCCCGCGCAGUUGGACCAGGUCAGCCCCGGAGCCCAGCGCGGUCCUGAGGGAAGGCGUGCGCCGCUGCCUGCAGCAGCAGUGCGAGCAGACGGUUCGGAUCCUGCACGCCAAGGUGGCCCAGAAAUCAUACGGAAAUGAGAAGAGGUUCUUCUGCCCGCCGCCCUGUGUCUACCUCGCAGGUCCCGGCUGGAGGGUGAAGCCAGUGCCGGGCCAAGCCCACCAGUCAGGGGAGACUGGGCCCCUGGUCUGCGGUUACAUAGGACUAGACGGCGCGUCCGGCAGCGCCGCCGAGACGCAGAAGUUGAAUUUCGAAGAGCAGCCGGACUCCAGGGAAUUCAGUUGCGCCAAGACUCUGUACAUCUCGGACGCAGACAAGAGGAAGCACUUCCGACUGGUGUUGCGGCUCAUGCUCCGAGGCGGCCGGGAGCUGGGCACCUUCCACAGCCGCCUCAUCAAGGUCAUCUCCAAGCCCUCGCAGAAGAAACAGUCGCUGAAAAACACCGACCUGUGCAUAUCCUCGGGCUCGAAGGUCUCCCUCUUCAACCGCCUGCGCUCCCAGACAGUCUCCACGCGCUACCUCUCUGUGGAGGAUGGGGAUUUUGUGGCCAGCGCACGCCAGUGGGCUGCCUUCACUCUCCACCUGGCUGAUGAAGACUGUUCCCAGGGGGACUUCCCGCCUCGAGAGGGCUACGUCCGCUACGGCUCCCUGGUGCAGCUCGUCUGUACGGUCACGGGCAUCACCCUACCUCCGAUGAUCAUCCGCAAAGUAGCCAAACAGUGUGCCCUCCUCGAUGUGGAUGAGCCCAUCUCCCAACUCCACAAGUGUGCAUUCCAGUUUACCGGUGAUCCUCCAGGAGGAGGCGGCACCUACUUAUGUCUCGCUACAGAGAAGGUGGUGCAGUUUCAGGCCUCCCCCUGCCCCAAGGAGGCCAACAGAGCGCUGCUCAACGACAACUCUUGCUGGACCAUCAUCGGCACCGAGUCGGUGGAAUUCUCCUUCAGCACCAGCCUGGCGUGUACCCGGGAGCCGGUCACUCCCGUGCCGCUCAUCAGCACCCUCGAGCUGAGUGGCGGGGGCGACGUGGCCACCCUGGAGCUCCACGGUGAGAACUUCCACGCGGGGCUCAAGGUGUGGUUCGGGGACGUGGAGGCCGAAACCAUGUACAGGAGCCCGCGGUCCCUCGUUUGUGUGGUACCCGACGUAGCCGUUUUCGGCAGCGACUGGCGCUGGCUGCGCACACCCAUCACAGUGCCCGUGAGCCUCGUGCGCACCGACGGUCUUUUCUACCCCAGCGCCUUCUCCUUCACCUACACGCCCGAGUACAGUGCGCGGCCGGGGGCCCCGGGCGCCCCGGCGGCGCCCGCCGCUGACGCCGACGCGCUCCUGGAGAGCAUCCAUCACGAGUUCACGCGCACCAACUUCCACCUCUUCAUCCAGACUUAG